AUGAACAUCUCAAAGACAAAAGAUGAAUAUAUAGAGCCACCACGUAAGAAAAAAAAAAUCAAAAGAAAGACUGUUUCUAGCUCAUUCACAGUUAUUAGUUUGGAUGACCCAAAAUAUAAUGAACCAAGACCAGUUACUAGAAGUGUUGUAAAAUUUAGAGAUAAGCACUUUUAUGGCAAAAGAUUACCAAGAAAAAAUACCAUCUUGAAUGUUAGUCAGGGAAGUUUUGGUAACGUUCCUGCAAUCAGAAAAAGAAAGUUAUAA